AUGUGGAGGUUGGAUGUGUUGGGCAUCGAGGACCCCGCUUUGGUUAGUACCAAAGAAGAGGCAAAAACGGUUGUGCGUCAGCACUUCUUGGAAACAGUUAAGAUUUUACCUGAUGGACGAUAUAAGGUGUGUCUUCCAUGGCUGAAGAAACAUCUCCCGCUGCCUCGAAAUUUCGAUCUGGCCCGUGGUAGACUUGAAUCGACCCUAGCCAAGUUACGUAACGGUCAUUUGGCGAAAGAAUAUGAAGCAGUGUUUCAAGAAUGGCUGAAAGAUGAAAUUAUUGAAGAGGUACAGCUUGAUAAGUGGGAUUUCGGACAUUAUUUGCCUCACCGAGCCAUGGUUAAGGAAGCCAGUACCAUCCGAAUUCGUCCUGUUUUCGACGCCUCGUCCAAAGAGAAAGGCAAGCCUAGCCUGAAUAUGUGUCUAGAAAAAGGGGAGAGUUAUGUAGAGUUAAUCCCAUCGAUACUUCUACGAUUCAGACUGAACGCAAUAGGCGUUAUUUCUGACAUAAGAAAAGCCUUCUUACAGAUUUCUGUUUCGGAAAAGGAUCGUGAUAGCUUGAGGUUCCUAUGGAAGGACGAGGUCGGAGAGAUGAAAAUCUACCGUCACAUGAGGGUGGUGUUUGGGGUGACCAGUAGCCCUUAUUUACUAGGGGCCGUUAUUGACCAUCAUCUCUCAAAGUGUGAGGAAAAAGUGGCUUUAAAAGAGGUUUCUUAUGACCGAUCUGUCAUCUCACAGUUGCGCAAAUGCUUGUACGUUGAUAACUGUAUGACUUCGGUUGAUGAUAAGAAGGAACUUUUGAACUUCAUGUUGCAAGCCAGGGAAAUUUUUAUGAAAGCAUGCUUUGAUCUUCGUGGAUGGGAAUGGAGCGACCCCGAUUGUGUUGCUCACACCAGUUUCCCCGUUCUUGGACUUCUGUGGGACAAAAAGGAGGAUAUUCUCAGGUUAAACCCUCCCAAGCCUUUGGAAAGUGAUGCCAUCACGCGACAAACAGUGAUGUCAGUAGCACACCGUAUUUUCGACCCGCUCGGUGUAUGUGCACCCGCCAUUUUGAUACCGAGGUUGUUAGUUCAAGAAAGUUGGGGUGAGGCUGGGAACUGGGAUACCCCUUUUAAUGAGCAAAGUCAGGCAACGUUCCGUAAGUGGAUGAAUCAAGCUAAUGCCUUGAAUCAAAUCGAAGUCCCACGAUGGUUGAAAUUGACCAUUGGUAAUGUGUCUCUACACACAUUUUGUGACGCAAGUCAGGUCGCUUAUACCACCGUCUCAUUUUUGCGAGUUGAAACAGAUAACAUGGUAUCUGUGAUUAAUGGUGGGAGCGAAAGUUCGUGA